AUGCCUUAUGUUCAAAAGUUCGCGCCGGAGCGUUUCACACAAUCAAACGAAGAAUUCGGCAUCGACCAUUUCCCCAACGAUCGAGACGGGUUUUACACAGCAAAAAUUAUGUCGUGGGAAGACUAUAUCCAAAUUGAUCCUGCUCGCUGGCCAUACUCUUUCGAACGUCCAACUCUUUUCGACAAUGCAAAGUCAGACUAUUGUAUUGGGAAGCACAGCGUCGUGCCUCCAGCUCGUAAGAUUAGCAUCUAUGAGCAGGAGACAGUACGUUUCCAAUUUGGACUAUUCUGUCCUCACUGGAGGCUAGACCCUCAGAAACAGAUACCUCCAGUCUUUAUCUUGGCGGCAGGAGGUGUAGAUGGUAGAGAAAAGCAUUAUAUUCCCCUCGAGCAUGUCAGAGGUUCUGGCAAGGGUGGUGAUCUCUGGUAUGUCGAUGUACCUGCUCGCACGCUUGGCGCGCCAAAAGAGAUAUUGACCUUGUUCGCGGUAACAAGUUUCGGCGACAGACAGGAUGCUAGAGGCUUGUCCGUACACGAGUUCAGGACAGGCGUUGGCCGUGUGGCGAUGGGUUUUGUUGGAGUUGCUGCAUGGGAGCUUGCCUGA